CCCCGCCAGCAUCCCCCCCCCCCCCACCACCAGCAGCACCUCCCCUCGGCCUUCACCUUGACCUCGAGCAAGAAUGGUCCUCUACUUCAUCGGCCUCGGCCUCUCCGACGAGAAGGACAUCAGCGUGCGCGGCCUGGAGAUCGUCCGCCGAGCCGAGCGCGUCUACCUCGAGGCGUACACGAGCAUCCUGAUGAUUUCACACGAGAAACUUGAGGAGUUCUACGGGCGCCCAGUAAUCGUCGCGGACCGGACCCUCGUCGAGCAAGACGCCGACUCAAUCCUAUGUUCCGCCGACACGCUUGACAUCGCAUUCCUCGUGGUGGGGGACCCGUUCGGGGCGACAACACACAGCGACCUCCUUCUCCGGGCGCGCAGCGCCAACAUCCCCACACGUACGAUCCACAACGCGAGCAUAAUGAACGCGAUCGGGGCUGUGGGGCUGCAGCUGUACAACUACGGGCAGACCGUGAGCAUGGUGUUUUUUACCGAGGCGUGGAGGCCGACGAGUUUUUAUGAUCGCGUCAAAGAGAAUAGACAUGUCGGGUUGCAUACGCUGGUACUGCUCGAUAUUAAGGUUAAGGAGGAGAGUUGGGAGGAUAUUGCCCUGGGGAGAGGGGGCAAGGGCAGGUUUAAUAAGCCCAGGUAUAUGACCGUCGCCCAGUGCGCAGAGCAGAUGCUGGAGGUUGAGGAGACGCGGGGGGAGAAGGUGUACACGCCGCGAUCUCUCGCGGUGGGCGUGAGCCGGCUCGGAAGUGAGGACCAGCGGAUCGUGGCGGGGACGCUGGAGCAGCUGAGUACGGCGGACCUGGGGACGCCGCUGCACUCGCUGGUGCUCCUGGGAAGCCGCGUGCACGAGCUCGAGAUCGACUUUAUCCGCGAGUUUGCCAUCGACAAGGACAUUUUCAACGCUGCCUACCACGAGGAAUACGGCAAGGAGGACGGAGACAAGGCAAUGUAGGUAGUAUCAUCUGUCGGAAGAAGAAAGAAGAAAAAAAAGGUGUUACUCUUGAAUGUCUGUGUUCUACUGUACUUAUAGGAGGUAUAAUAACAGUGAAAGGAAGGUAUAUGUACACGAAUGUGAAGAGAGAAAAAGAGACAAAGAGACAAAGAGAAACGACAGAUUACUCCAUUGCAGCCGUGAAAAACGUGUGUAGAA